AUGGUCAAAUUCUACCCGUCUCUUAACGAGAACCACAUCGACUUCAUCUCCAGUCAACCACUCUUCUUCGUGGCCAGUGCGCCAUGGGCUGGAGACCACGUCAACAUCUCGCCAAAAGGACACCCUUCGAGAACCUUUUCUGUCCUCGGCCCGAACACCGUUGCCUAUUUGGACGCAACCGGCAGCGGUUGUGAGACCAUCUCUCACGUCUACGAAAAUGGCCGCGUUACCGUAAUGUUCUCUUCCUUCGGCCCUUCGCCACAGAUCAUGCGACUGUUCUGCAAAGGAAGGGUAGUCGAAAAGUGGGAUCCGUACUACGGACAAUUGCGCGCUAAGAUGGCGUCAGAAAACGGCGACGAGGUCGAUGUCACGGGUGCAAGAGCUAUCAUCGUGUUGAAGAUCCAGAAAGUGCAGACCAGCUGUGGUUUUGGAGUACCUCAGAUCAGUGGCGCAAAGACGGACGAAGCAGCGGGUGACGCAAUCGCUUAUGUGGAUCACGAUCAUGAAGACGGCGAAGAGAACGGCUUCAAGCAGCGGGAUACCAUGGACAACUGGGCGCGAAAGCAGCUCGAAAAGCAAGAGCUCGCCGACUAUCAAAAGCAGUUCAACCACCGCUCGCUGGAUGGUCUACCGGGUAUGAUGAGCGCGCGACGAUCGCAUGACGAGAACAUCGCUGUGGAGGAUACGAAGGCGUGGUUCAGGAAGGUGAGCAGACAGCAGGACGCUGUAGCUCUGGGUGUUGGCUUGGGCAUUAUAUUGAUGCUGUUGCUGAGUCUUGUUGGUGUACUCAGCAUCAAACCGAUCUUCUUGCAGCACAUACUGAAUGCGCAACGAAGGCAAUUGGGCUUACCGGAGGAUCAUUCGUGGAAGAGCGAGCUUUGA